ACGGCAGCCUCGCGACUUUGUUAUCAGUCACACCGGAGCCGGGGCUUGGCGCCCGUGUCAAGCAUCCCACGCACGCCGCUCGUUAACAUUGACAUCACUUAUACAUAGCCGCCCACUGGCGACAUCCGCCAUCCAUAAUGCAUCAACAAUCUCGUCAUCCCCCAAGGGUCUCCUCCCCCGCAGUUUCGGCCCAGACAAACCCAGCCCGCACAAACAACCAGAGGGACCCCCGGUCUCGAACUAGUACCGACGCCGCCGAUAGGGACGGAGCUGGUGGUGGUGGUCAGGAUGGAGGUGGUGGUGCCCUCGCUCACGCCGCAAGCCGCGAUGCCAUCAAGAAGCUGGACCAGAUCAUUCAGAACUUCUACUACAAAGCCGCUGUCCUCAUCAUCGGGUCGCGACAGCAUCUAACGCCUGGGCCCAAGAAAGGCUUCAAUAAAUGGUUCUCGAUAGAGACCGAGGACACCGAAGACUUCAAGGAGGAGCUCCGCCUCUACAGGAACUCGGACAGCUUUACGAAUCGUCCACCGCCCAUGAUCAUCGAGACGUAUAUCGACGCAUCGCGCAUUUCCAGCAGUCACAGCCUCGCCCUGGUGGACGCUAAUGGCAAGAGGUGGGAUGUUCUGGAAGCCCUCAACAGUUCAGAGUCGAGCGAGGAUUCGCCACGGAAACGCCACCUGCAAAAACGGAAUACCGAGGUGAUCUUGGAACGAUGGCGCAUCGAGCUCAAGUGCAUUCCGAAUGAUGAUGCUUUGCAAGAUUUUGGACCCAGCCUGCCCACAAUCUAUAAACGAAGCAUAGUAUUCUUCCGGUCGCUGUUCUUGGCCACGCGCGUCAUGCCCGGCUGGAAGUUUUCCCAGCAGACCAUGACCAAGGGCAUCCAUCCCGCCCUGGAAGUAAAGUGCCGCAUUGUGCCGGCCGAGGCCGAAUUCCUCAACUACGAUCCGUUGCGCCAACCUCUUUCUGACAGUAAGGAUGUAGUAACCGAGUACAUGUUCGGUGAUCUAGAAGUGCCCGUAGGUCGCUUCAAUGCUUCGGUCAUCUAUCGAAAUGACUGCACGUUUCGGGUCGAGGAUGCCGACGCUCUGCUGAGUUCGCGACUCAUGGGUGUAGAUGAGGAUUUCUUCAAGCCCUCAAUACCUCAACGGCCGCAACCCGUCAGCCACGGCCGAGCCGACUCGUACGCGGAACCCGGAUCUUUGCCCUCACACCGCCUAGGACGGCGCAGCCGAGAGCCGCACCAGACGUAUGGUAGUCUGUCGACAUUUCAUGGCACCGGCGCAUUCGGCACAAGCCCCAUCUCGGCGCUCAAGGCAGUCCGACCGGCUGGUUCAGACACGAGCUCGCCACCCGGUUCUUCUGCAGCCAGUGUCGACCAGUCAGAACCAUCGCAUUCUCUUCCCAUCCGUAGUGCAUCAAGCCGGACAUUGCGGGAUGUUGAGGGCAGCAGACGACCUUCUAUUUCGUUUCAACCUUUCAAAGCCGGGUCGAUAUCCGGGAGUCCCAGGUUUCCCGAUCAUGGAGCACCGGCCUCGUCACAUUCGCUUCCACGACCCUCGGGUUUGAGCGGAAUCUCGCAAGCCAGGAACAGAUCCUCGCUUACGGCGGGAAUGGCGGCCUCUUUGCGGGGUCCCGGUGCUGCCGUUCCAACGGAUAUUCCAAAGUCUAGCUCACCAAGGCCCCAAAGUCGAUAUAGCAGCAGUUUCAGCCAUCGUCGAUCACGGACAUCAUUCGGCGGCCAAAGCAAGACCGGCGAUGACGAAGCCAGUAGUAGUGGCAGACAAAGCCUGUCUUCAUCAGCUCAGCCUGGCUCGGCCCUGCUCGCCGAACCUGUAGGUGGAGUGGCCAGUUCAAGCUCGUUCCAGACGGAUGACGACAUUUCCGAGUUUCUUAAGGAGCUUGACAACAGGAAGAAGUUGCCGAGUUUUGAGGCUACCAAGAAGGGAGAGCAAUCAGCUGCUGCACGCCGCACUGCUGCACAGCUUAACAAAUUCCACCUGAUGAGGGACUCGAACAAUGCGCUGACGGAGAGCAUGCUGAUGGGAUCUUCAACUUUGCAUCGGAGCUCGAGCUCCAGCAGCAGACACAUGUCCAACAUGCCAGGUAGCCUGGGAAACCCGGGAAUCAGUAUGAGUGGUGCGAGCGUCAGCAGCUCACCGGGCGGAAAGCCCCUGAGCCCGCAUACGCCUCACACGCCCGCGAUUCCUAGUCGGUUGAGCGAAAACUCGAUUAUCGAUUACCCGGCCCAGGCUAGCCACAACAGGAGAGGGAGGUCUCAUGUGGUGCCCACCGAGGAGGAGGAGGAAGAAGAAGAAGAAGAAGAAAGAGAAGAUGGCGAUGAGACAACGCAAGCCGACCGUCAACAGGAAACUGGGGGUGGCGCAGUCUCGGCGGCGAUCGAUAUCCCGCUCUCUCCUCGUCUGCUCCAUGCGGGUAGCGCAAACCGCCGAGCGAGUUCCGUGGCCCAGCAGCACCGUUCGCUGGCGGCUGGAGCUGGCGGCGGAACGGGAGAAGAUGAUUCGGAUAUUGCCCAGCGGAGCUUGAGCCUCGGAGCGGGCGGUGGCGAGGCGCCCUCGUUGAGUACCCUGCUUGCUUUCCAGCGAAGAAAUUCGGGCGAUGGCAACGAGGACAGUUCGGCGGGAAGUGGAAUGGCAGGAAUGCAGCAACUACAGCCCGCGGCAGAUAUCCGGGCUUCGGCGGAGCUGAGGCAGGCAAACGAGGAUCAGCCGACCAAUCCGCCAGUUAGGCUCAUGACUACCAGCAGGACCCCGUACAAGUCGCGGUACAGCUACCAUGGCACAACGACGAGUUCCACGCAAGGGCGCGGUAGCGGGAUCGGACCCGGCACCAGGGGGACACCGCCUCACUCGAGCGGGGGUCCGUUUACCGGGAUGAGGUAUGUGGGCACCAUGGCUGGUCGAGGUGGAAUGGGUGUCGGUCAGGGUGAGGACGGCACCGAUGACGAGCCGUUGUUGUUCGCCAUGUCUGAACUCGAGAGGCCUUCGAGGCACAGUUUGGAAGAGGCAAGAGGUGGUGGUGUGUUGGGAGGAUCUCCUAGGGGGUUGAGAGGAGGAGCUCAGGGGGCUCGAGAGGCUAGUGGAAACACUGACGGUGGAGGUGUGGGUGAUGGAGAAGAGUACGAGGUUAGGGGAACUACGCGUCGGGGAUGGUAGUUCACUUUGGUUGCGUGCAUGUGCAAUGCAUCGCUUUGGAUCACGGUACAAGAGCGAUGUAUGUCCAGGAAGUCGGGAAAGGUUGAUGUCUACAUUCUACAGAUUAAAGAUCACAGCGACAGAGAAGCCAGAUGCUAUUCUCGACAUGAACCUACGUUGGUGUUUGUCGUUCUCAGACAACUAUCC